UUUCUCAGUUGCUCGCCGGCCGCCGACUCGAAACGCGUUUGCUGUGCGUACGACGUAAAUUUUAUCGUCAGUUUGUUGACAUCGCGGUUUUUUCCCCCGCAUUCUGGAUUUUCUGACAUGAUACGGACGAAUAGGUGUACCCGCGUUAUUCCCGCCCGUUAUUAUAAAAAUAAUAUAAAUUUUUAUAAUAUUUGCCGUUUUUACAUAAUACGUUCUUUAUAACGUGCAGUUAUUAUAUCAAAGUUUUAUUCUGUGGUGCUGAAUGAUAUUUUGUUUUAUUCCUCGUUUUUCUCAUUUCGAUAAGAAAAACAAGAAACAUUUAUCUCCGUCCCCUCCCAACUCACAUUUUCCAACUUUCGUGUGAAAAUUUGGUGAUACGUGCGACGAUCGGUGAAACAAUACCUCACGUGUUUCAAAUUUAUCGUUAAAAAAAAUUACUCCGUGUGUACAGUUUAUAUUAUAAACUUUUGCAAUAUCGAGAUACACCCGAUUGUAUUCGAAUUUCGCGCUGGCGCGAUAUUUGACACGGAGCUGCGUACAAACGUAUAUUAUUCAUACACGCGCAUACGAUUCAACUACUAAUUAAGUAAUUUUUGGUCUCUUUACUAAAUCGACGUAUACUACGUACAGUGCCUUAUGUAAAGAAAAAAAACAAUAAAACAAUAGAACAAACAUAAUAAUAAAUAAAAGUAGGAAGGAAAGAAGGCAAGGAAAAUUAAGCGAUACCUACGCGUAGAUAAAGAAGGCGACUGCUCGAUCGAUCGAUUGGAUCGGAUCGUUUGAUACAAAAAAAAAAAAAAAAAAAAAAAAAUCAAAAUCUUCAAAGCUGGCUCCGCGAAUGAUUUUCACUGGGAGGUCAGUGGACGCUCUGGACGAUGUCCGAGAAGACGUCGUCGUUGGAGUUAAGCACGACGAACAACGUCGUGAUGUUAGUGUGGUUGCUACGGCUGCGGGAUGGUUCUCCAGCCUUCGAAGGCCGGGGAAAAAGAACAGGAAGGCCGUGCAGAAUAAACAGGUGAAAAGCGCCUGGGAUCUGACCACCAUCACCAUGCAACUCAAAGAUGAGCUGGGAGAAGUUGUCGCUGAAAUGGAGGCGAUGGAGGGCGGAGGAUUGGCUUCGGACGAGACGAAGCCUUCGAACAAGACGAAGCAGACAUCCAUCGGUCGCAAGAAGUUCAACAUGGAUCCGAAGAAGGGAAUAGAGUACCUGAUAGAGCACAACCUCCUUGUUUCAACGCCGGAGGACGUUGCUCAGUUUCUCUACAAGGGCGAGGGACUGAACAAAACCGCGAUCGGCGACUACCUCGGUGAACGUCACGACUUCAACGAGAGGGUGCUCAGAGCCUUCGUCGAGCUCCACGACUUCACGGAUCUCAUACUCGUACAAGCUCUAAGACAGUUUCUAUGGUCGUUCAGACUCCCGGGCGAAGCGCAGAAGAUCGACCGGAUGAUGGAAUGCUUCGCUCAGCGGUACUGCCAGCUCAAUCCAAACAUAUUCACGAACACCGACACCUGCUACGUUCUCAGCUUUGCCAUAAUCAUGCUCAAUACGUCGCUGCACAAUCCAAGCGUCAAGGAUAAGCCAAGCGUUGAACAAUUCAUAUCCAUGAAUCGGGGGAUCAACAACGGCGGCGAUUUACCCAGGGAACUUUUGGUGAGCUUAUACGAGAGCAUAAAAACGGAGCCCUUCAAAAUUCCCGAGGACGACGGAAACGAUUUGAUGCACACCUUCUUCAAUCCUGACAAGGAGGGAUGGCUGUGGAAGCAAGCAGGCGGAAGAUACAAAAGUUGGAAAAGGCGUUGGUUCAUACUGAACGACAAUUGUCUGUACUACUUUGAGUACACGACCGACAAAGAACCACGAGGGAUUAUUCCGCUUGAAAAUAUUCAGGUUCGAGAAAUUCAGGAUCGUCACAAACCGCACUGUUUCGAGCUUUACGCUGCCGGCUCGGAGUUUAUUAAAGCUUGCAAAACCGACAGCGAAGGGAAAGUCGUUGAGGGAAAACACACGGUAUAUAGGAUGUCUGCGGCCACGGACGAGGAAAAGGAUGAGUGGAUAAAGUGUGUUCGGCAAAGCAUAUCGCAUAAUCCUUUUUACGAUAUGCUGGCGGCACGCAAAAAGAAAGCCCAAAAGACGAACGUCCAUUCGAAGAGCUAAGCGAACUCUCGGAUAAGGAGAAGCCGAGUUGAAUCACCUUCAGCUCGGUGUUUGUACAAGACUGUAAAAUGUUCGGUACGCUACCAGGAUUGGCGUGCUGAACUGACCGCUGCUUUCGGGAUCUCAUUGCGAAUAGCGUAUUAUCACCGAAUGCAGAUAAUUCCGAAUUGUGACGUCGCGCAUCGUCACGAAGAACCAGAUACUCCACGGAGGGAGAGAAGUGCAGCUGCUCUUUCUUCAUUUGCACAAUCUUUUACAUCUUUUUUUUUCUUCUUCAUUAUUGUACGUGGAGAUAGGGACAGUUACGAUGUCAGGGCAUACUGCAGGUUCUCGGUGUUACAAAGAGGGACGGAACGAACGUUUUAACGUUAACCCAGCGAUGUUUGUUGCGCGUGGCCAACUCUAUAAGCUAUAAUUCGAAUUUUUUCCUCACCCCAUUCGUACAUUCAUUCAUUCAUUCAUUCAUUCAUUCAUUCAUUCAUUUAUUUAUUUAUUUACUUACAUGUAUGAAAUCGAGUUUUCACGAAUUUUAUUUUUCUUCAUUCGAAGAAAAGGGCAUCGUGUACUGAAAGCUAUUUUUAUUUAUUUAAUCGUUCGUUUAUUAUUUAUCUAACUUAUAAUUGUUACGUACACUUGUCGUAGAUGUGAAAUUCACCAAAGCUAAAUCAAGUGAAUUUUCGCUAUCAAAUCGUAUUCUCACGUGUCUGAAAUCAUUUUCAACCCCGUAAACCGGUAAAUUGUUGAUUGUACAUACGGUGAAGAAUUAGAAUGGAGCGAGUUGGGCGAGGGGUGAAAAAUGAUUUUAAAACGCCAGAAGAAGGAUAAAAAUGAAAAUAUUUUUCGGUUGGUACAUGCUGGUGAUCGUAAUUCUCAUGUGUGGUAUGUUAUUGUUUGUUUUUUAAUUUUUCCUAAUUACAGAGUUGGCCAACGAAAUUAAGUGAUGAAAUUCUUGUUCUCUGACAUGUGAGUGUAGAUUUGCCCCGGUAUUUAACUCACACUGAAGACGAAUUUUUGUUUCUCGCGAAAAGAAAUAGAUAUAUAGAUUCGUGUAUUCAUUCAGUCACGAGUAAAUAGAUCACUGAACAUGUGCUGUAAGAAUAAAUUGUCGGAAGAAAAAGAGUAAAUUAAUAGGCUUAUUGCGUUUUUUUUUUAUUUUGAUUUUCUAUCCACAACUUUGGAUUUACAGCCAAAAACAAGUGAAUCAAAUGAGGGAAGGAGAGAGGUAGAAAGAGAUUUAGAAUGAUCUUUAAAAUACUGUGUCAAGAAUACGUUGAUAUAUACAUACUGUAUAUACGUGAUUGUUGCUUGUUUUUUUUUUUUUUUUUCCGUUUUUCUCGUAACCCCAAGAAGCGCCUUAAAACCUUUAUUAACGUAAACAUCGAAGCCCUGAACAGGCUUUGAGAUGCAACUUGAAUGAUGGGAUGUUUAAAGUUGUAUUUUUAAUCGUGUAAGAUUGCUUCAUUCACUCGAUGAUGGUUUAGAACAUGGAGAGUGUACUGUGAAGGAAGGAUAAAACAAAGGACAGAGAGUAACGAAAUAGUAAAAAAGUUCGGUCGUUUGCUCACUCAUUCAUAUCUGUAACGGACCCAGUCCUCCGAGAUGAUAUAUUUCUGUUUAAUUGUUAAUUAAAAAGGUAUUAAUGAGAGGUGAACACAGCUAAAGCUGUUCACGUAAGCAUGAAACGGUCGAAACGAAGCGUGUAUAUAAAUGUGAUAGCUGUUUAUUUAUUUGAACAAAUGUAUAGGUAGGUAGACAUUAGGUACAUAACGAUGAUAUUAGUUAUGAUUUAAUUGCAAUAAUGAUAAUGAUAAUAUCAAUAAAUGAAUUAAUUAAUUAACUAAAAUAGUUACAAAAUACAUUACCCACAGUGAAUAUAUCCCUGUACAUCGUUGUACAGGCUGUAAGUAUGGCUUUGAAUGGCCAAAAUAGUGACACUAGGAUAUAGGAAUACACGCUCUCCUUACUAAUUACAUUUAUGUAUAUUGUAUCUACAUGCGUUUGCGAAAUUAUUUAAUUUCGGAAUUAUAUAUUUAUAUGUAAAUAUUAUAUACACAAACACGCAUACCUAUAAACGCACGCAAGCUUCACAGCAUCAAGUGUGUUUAAAAGAAUGCAUAUAUGUAGAUAUCACAACCUUUAUUACCAUUUGAUAAACUGACAAUAUACGUGUGUAUACAUUUUUUAAUAUA